GGCGGCCUCCCCCUGGCGAUCAUUCUUCCCCUCCAACUUUACCCUUAAGGUCUCUCUCCAAGCUCAACAUUCUCACACUUUCUAAGAGACUAUUUCUUUUCACUGAAUUCGGGCUUCUCAAAAAACAUUAAGUUUGACCUCAAACACAUCCAACCUUCGAAGACUGCAGAUAUCCCUGAGCCAAGGAAAUGGGAAAGAUCUGGCUUCCUGCUUGGAACGAGGGGAAUGAGGAAAAUACAAGAGAAGAAAGAAAAAGAGCAGUUGCUGUGGCCAAGAACUGCUACACACCCACCUUCCACACCCAGGAGAGCUGAAGUGGUCAGCACUGGGCAAGGUCGCAUGUCUCCUCCUCCUUCCUGCCUGGGCACUGUCCCACCGGAUCCCAGAUCCGCGCUGCCUUCCAGCCUCACCCCCCUCCCCACAGAAGAGGUGCUGUUGGAAUUCCAGCCGCGCCAGGACUCCUGGGGAGAGAGAGAAGACCUCCCUUUCCCUGCUGCUCUGGCUCUUCCACAGGAGUGAGACCACCAUGGCUCAGGAGAAGUUCUUCAGCCUGUUCCCCCUCCUGGUCCUGGUGCUGCUGGUGCUGGGCUGUGUCCAGCCUUCUCUGGGCAAGGAAUCAAGGGCCAAGAAGUUCCAGCAGCAGCACAUGGACCCGGACACCUCCGCCAUCAGCUCUGGCUAUUGCAACCAAAUGAUGAAGCGCCGGAAUAUGACAGAUGGAUGGUGCAAGCCGGUGAACACCUUUGUCCACGAGCCUCUGCCAGAUGUCCAGGCCGUCUGCCUCCAGGGAAAUGUCGUCUGCAAGAAUGGGCAGCCCAGCUGCCACCAAAGCAGCUCCAGGAUGCACAUCACUGACUGCCGCCUGAGGAAUGGCUCCAAAUACCCCAAAUGCCAAUAUCAGACCAUGCAGAAAGAGAAAUCCAUCAUCGUGGCCUGUGAGGGGGACCCGUAUGUGCCAGUCCACUUUGACGCUUCUGUGUAGGUCUCCACCUGAGGCCAGAGCAGCGAGAUGCCCCACCUCCCUAUGGUAGCACCUGCUUCUCUCCUCUCCCUUCCUUGCUCUGAGGGAAAGAACUCCAGUCAGAGCUCCUAUCCAAAACACAUGCUUCCCUGCCCAGGGCUUGCCCCUUCGUGGUUUGGAGGGUGAGGUGGGCCCCGUGUGAACCACUUCACUGCUUCUUUCAAUAAAACACAGUUGCAACCAC